GGAGCCCGGACCCGGCGUAGCAGUGUCAGCAGUGGUGUGCGUUUGGCAACAAAAGAGUGUUUUUGAAAGAGUUAUCGGCAUUUUCUCGACGACAGCAUUAUUUUUGUGAGACUUCAUCACAGCCUCCGUUUCAGGCAGUAGCUGGUAGCGAUGACACCGCCGCUGUCGCUGUCCGUUGGAGGAAGAGGAAGAGGAAGGAGGUGAUGAUGAUUACAUGCAGUUAGCUGGCUGCCUGGCUGGCUGACGGACCGACGGACCAGAGCCCUCUCGUAUGUGAGGUGCCUUCCCCUACAACCGGAGCAGGAUCAGGGACGAAGAGAGGCGAGGAUGCCCCGGAGAAAGCAAUCCAACCCCCAGCCGGUGAAAUUGGAGUCGGAGGACGGGUCGGUGGUGUGUGAACCGGACUGCCUGGUGUUGGAGAGCGACUUCCUGCUGAGCGGAGAGCUGGAGUUUGGAGACUCUGAGAUCAUGGGGCUGGAUAGAGAGGCUGGUAUGACCGUCUUCUCUCUGAGUGUGGAGGACGACCCCUCAGCACCAACAGACUCCACCUUUCCAGCCUUCCUGUCCUGUAAAGGAUGUGGACAGCUUUUGGGAGACACACCUCUGGGGGCAGGCUUAGAUCUCGGUAAAGAUCUCGGUGUGGGUCUGGACCUGGGGGCGGAGCUUUACUGUCUAACCUGUGAGGAAGGCCUCCAGCACGCGGCCUCCAUCGACUCCCCUCAGGUGGAGGGGUCCAACCUGUCGGACAGAUCCAUCAGCGGUGGCUCCAGCAGGAAGAGGAGGAGCAUAGGUAAGACAGGUGCCGCUGGUGAUAUCCCGUCUAAACUGUACUCCUGCUCGCUGUGCGCCUUCACCUCGCGUUACUCCAACCACCUGAAACGCCACAUGAGGAUCCACGACGGCCAGAAGCCGUACCACUGCCCCGUCUGCCCCUACGCCUCGGCCCAGCUCGUCAACCUGCAGCGCCACGCCCGCACACACACCGGAGAGAAGCCGUACCGCUGCCACCAGUGCAGCUACGCCUGCAGCUCCCUGGGCAACCUGCGGAGGCACCAGCGCAUGCACACGCAGGAGAGACCACAGAGGAGGGAGAAGGAGAAGAGACGAGGGAGGCGGAAAAAAACGAAUUCUACAGCUGAAGAAGUAGUGUCAGACCUGACCCUGCGAGUGUCCCAGGACUCGGACUACCUCCAGACACUGGGGGGCCUCGGCUCUCCCUCCGCCCCGCUCCCCAUCCUCCUCUUCCCCCUGUGCUGCCGGGUGUGUGGCCACACCCUGGAGGAGGCCGACCUGGAGGGGGACAAGGCUGAGGGGGAGGGGGAGGGCGAUGGAGGACAGGUGUGCCGUCGCUGCUCGUUGGACCUGCUUUCUAAAGAUGGAUCGGAGCCUCCCUGCAGCGCGGCCGUGUCGCGGGGAUCGCGACGGGGUCAGCGAGGCACCAAGCUGUACCGCUGCCCUCACUGCCCCUUCCUGUCCCACUACCCCAACCACCUGGCACGCCACGCCCACACCCACUCUGAGGAGAAACCCCACCGCUGCCCACACUGCCCCUACACCUCCUCGCACCUCGACAACCUCAAACGGCACCUGCGCGUGCACACGGGCGAGAAGCCUUACCAGUGCCCGUCGUGCAGCUACGCCUGCGGGAACCUGGCCAACCUGCGGCGACACGAGCGCAUCCACUCGGGCGCCAAGCCGUUCCACUGCGGCGUCUGCGGUUACUCCUGCAACCAGAGCAUGAACCUGAAGAGACAUAUGCUGCGGCACACGGGCGAGAAGCCGUACGCCUGCGCCGAGUGCAGCUACACCACGGGCCACUGGGACAACUACAAACGCCACCAGAGGAAGCACGGGCACAACACGGACAGCUGGGACAAACACACACCCAUCAACGGCCUCAGCUGGGGCAGAGACACUCAGGAGCAGAGUCAGGGACAGGAACACGCUUAGAGACGUGUGCGUGUGUAUGUGUGUGUGAAACAUGUAUCAGGGUUCUUUCAGUUCAGAAAUGAGAAUGCUGUCCAGAACAGUGAAGUUCCUGAGUUUGGUCCCUGUGAGUCGGAGUCCUCCGUGUUUGGUUAAAAAUGGCUUCAAUCAUUUCAUUUACUGUUGAUCAGUUGUUUUAUUAAUCGUUCACCGAUCAGGAUGUUUUUAAACCUGAUUUGAAAUGACAGCUCGACAGAUCGCAGAGGACUGCCGCUCACAGGCUGUCGUCCAGAGCUCAUCACACAAGCACCAUACUCACAUUUUUAUGGUCUUUUAUUUUGUAGUAAAGGAACUGAUGUCA